CCAGAACUUUGUCCAUGACCACCAUGACCACCUUACAACCUACCCUGCAAUGUGCAGUUUUGACACCUAGAUUACUGCCGGAACUCAUGGAUGAAAUAGUUGAUGCCCUUUCCGAUGAUGUUCACUCUCUCACAGCUUGCGCAUUAUCCUCUCGCCAACUUGUCCACCGCAGCCGCUAUCACCUAUUCCGCACCAUACACUUCGAUUUCAUCCCACAUCGGUCAUUCAAUCGCUGCGAAAAUUUCUUGGAGAAGUGCCAAUAUGUGGCGCCACUUGUAAGGAGUCUUACCUUGAGCGAAAAUGCCCUCCGGGCCUCUGAACCGCAGCUGCCUAUCAUCUUUGCAAUGAUGAAGAACUUGACGUCCUUGCAUCUUGUCAAGGUGGACCUAGUUGGCAUUAAUAUCAUCUUGGCACCUUCCUCGGGGGGUUCCACAAAUUAAACAAGCUAGCGCUAUGUGACGUAUACAUUUAUGAAGAGACAUCUUCAUCGUCUGAAGUUUCUCUUGAGCUUGAAGAAUUAGUGAUUACCCCAGCCAACACCCAAUCGGACAUGAAUACCAUCAUGUGCCUCCUCCCACUCCUCUCCAUGCCACCUUGUAUUCGACGGCUCACCUACCCAAUUUACCAUCCAGAGCAGAACAUCCCACAAUACAAUGUGAUUCCUUAUACACACCUGGAUGAGUUAUUUCUAGUGGGAGCCUCCGAGUCAAAGAUACCCGUUCCGGAUAUCCAAAACGUUACCAGGCUUCGUUUGCUUGUGAUCACCCCCUGGCACUGGGAUGCGGCAGAUGGAUGCAAAAACUAUGACGAGCUAACAGAUUGGCUCAUACACCUGCUACAUAAAGCCCAAGGGGGGUGCUUAAAGGAGGUCCAAUUGGAGUAUGGCCUGAUUGGCAUAUCUGGGAGUCAGA